AGCUCUCAGCCCGGCUCCGGAGGCAGCCUCAGCAGCGCGUGCGUCCCGGUUCUGUGUGCGUGUCCGCUCAGCUGCGCGCGAAGAUGAAGGUGAUGGUGGACUUUGAGGACUGUCUGAAGGACUCGCCCCGGUUCCGGGCCACCAUAGAAGAUGUGGAGGGUGACGUUGGAGAACUGGAGUGUAAACUGGACAAGUUGGUGAAGCUAUGCAUCGGGAUGAUCGACGCCGGCCGAGCCUACAGCCAGGCUAACAGACACUUCGUUAAUGGGGUCAGAGAACUGGCCCUGCAGUCCACCAGAGAUGACGUUAUCGGGUCCAGUUUAGCUGCCUUCGCUGAGACUCUGCAGGAGAUGAACAACUACCACACAAUUUUGUUUGACCAAGCUCAGCGAUCAAUCAAAUCUCAGCUUCACACGUUUGUGAAAGAGGACCUGAAGAAGUUCAAAGAUGCGAAGAAGCAGUUUGAUAAGGUGAGUGAGGAAAAGGAAGUCGCGCUGGUGAAGAAUGCCCAAGUUCCCAGAAACAAACAGCACGAGGUGGAUGAAGCUACCAACAUCUUGACCACCACUCGCAAGUGCUUCCGGCACAUCGCCCUCGACUAUGUCCUGCAGAUCAAUGUUCUUCAAUCUAAGAAACGACUGGAAAUCCUCAAAUCGAUGCUGUCGUUCAUGAAUGCCAACUUGAGCUUCUUCCAGCAGGGCUACCACCUCUUCAGUGACCUGCAGCCCCUCAUGAAGCAGCUCGGGGGACAGUUGGAUCAGCUGGUGGUGGACUCAGCCAAGGAGAAGAGAGACAUGGAGCAGAAACAUUCAGCCAUCCAGCAGCAGGCUGCACUUCAGGACUUUUCUACUGACGACACUAAACUGGAGUAUAACAUAGACACAGAGAAUGGCAUUGCUAUGGAAGGUUAUCUGUUCAAACGAGCCAGCAACGCCUUCAAAACCUGGAACAGGCGUUGGUUCUCCAUUCAGAACAGCCAGCUUGUGUAUCAGAAGAGGUUUAGGGAUAAUCCCACCGUAGUGGUUGAGGAUCUCCGGCUGUGCACGGUUAAACAGUGCGAGGACGUGGAGCGGCGCUUCUGCUUCGAGGUCGUCUCUCCUACCAAGAGCUGUAUGCUGCAGGCUGACUCAGAGAAGCUCCGUCAGGCCUGGACCAAAGCUGUGCAGAACAGCAUCGCCACCGCUUACAGAGAGAAUGGAGAUGAGCCUGUUGCCCCGCUGGACCGCCAGGCGUCGGUGUCGGUGGGCAGUCUGGACUCUUUGGGCGAGGGCCGGGGUCUGAGGGCUGAGAGUGCUCUGCAGCGUGUGCUGGCCGUCAGUGGGAAUGAUCGCUGCUGUGACUGCGGACAAACGGAGCCGCGCUGGGCCAGCAUUAACCUCGGCAUCACACUCUGCAUCGAGUGCUCCGGAAUACACAGGAGUUUGGGUGUUCAUAACUCGAAGGUUAGAUCUCUCACUCUCGACUCGUGGGAACCAGAACUGCUCAAGCUGAUGUGUGAGCUGGGAAAUGGAGUUAUUAAUCAGAUCUACGAGGCUCGCCGAGCAGAGAUGGGCUGGAGGAAACCACAGCCCGGAGACCCCAGGCAGGAGAUUGAAGCCUACAUCCGGGCCAAGUACGUGGAGAAGAAGUUCGUACAGAGGCCCGGGACCCAGGAGCAGAGGUCGAAGGUCAUGGCGCUGAGUAAACACGACAAGCGUCUGAAAGGCAGUGUGGAGUUCCUGCCCCCCCGCCCACCCCCUCCCACGCCCAAACUCCGCACUGCAUCCAGCACCUCAGCACCCCUUAGUGGCCAGGAGGUGCGGCGCGACUCACUUUUCUGCCCAGACGAGCUCGAUUCUCUCUUCUCCUACUUUGACACCUCCUCCAAGCUGCGGAGCUUGAGAAGUGCGGACAGCGGCAUCCAGAACAGCGCUGACGGCAGCCGAGAGAUGCUGGCCUCCACACCGUCCAGCAACAGCCUGAGUGAACCAGAGCUGCAGGAGGAGUCUCCGGUGUCUUUGCCUCAGCGGGACCCUCCGCCCGUGUUCUCCGAGCUGACGGAGUUGUGUCCAAGUCUGCUGCUCUACUGGGCCUCGUGCGCCUCCAGCCUGCCGGACAUGGCUGAAGCCUUCGCCCUGGGUGCCGACGCCAACUGGGUCAACAUGGAGGACCAGAGCCGCACCCCUCUGAUGCAGGCAGUGCAGGGGGGCUCUCUGGUCACCUGUGAGUUCCUGCUGCAGAACGCUGCCAAUGUGGACCAGUCGGACGCUCGCGGCAGAGCAGCUCUCCACCACGCUACCAUACUGGGCCAUACAGGGCAGGUGUGCUUGUUUCUAAAGCGUGGAGCUCGACAGGGGGCUGUGGACGUAGACGGACGAACCCCUUUGUCCAUCGCUGUGGAGGCAGCUAACGCCGACAUCGUCACCCUGUUGCGUCUGGCUAAGAUGAAUGAGGAGCUGAAGGAGUCUGAGGGCCCGUUGGGUCAGCCAGGUCAAUACGUCCACUCUCAGAGUAACACGGAGCAGCAGUACAAGAAGUGCAUUCAGGAGUUCAUUUCCCAGCAGCUUGAUGAGUCCUAAUGAGUCCACAAUAACAAACACCACAGCUGUGUUAACACCUGAUACCUCAGCUGAGCUCCGUAGGCGUAUUACCCUCGUAGACUUGAGUGAGCGAGACGAGUACCUGGGGGGAGGUUGGGGAGGUUGGGGGGGGGUCACACUGUACACGUAUUUUUUUUUUUAACUGGCUCUUUUUUUAACUGAUUUCAGUGGGAAACGUGUCUGCUCGCUGUUUCUGGACGGGGCCGCAGGAGCCCCAGAUUUUUUAAAAUAUUACCUAUUUACUCGUAGCAGUCAGAACCUCAGAACCCCAUAAGCGGAAUGGGACGGAAGGGCUUCGGUGUGGGUGUCAGCAUAAAUUCGGAGGAGAGGCUCCAGUGGCUGCAGUCGCUCAUCUUCAUUUUAUUUAUUUACUUUUUUUUAGCCAUCUAUUUAUUUAUUUGUUUGUUUGUUUUUAUUUUUAGCUAGAUCUUCUUUUAUCAUGUGCCAUCAAGCUGGGAGGGUGAAGCUCCACUGCAUCUUCUCCCCCACUGACACAAUGUCAUUGGAUCUCAACUUUCUUCGGAGGAGAACGCCAACUGCUAAUUCUGUUACAACAGCUAGCAGACGCCUGUAUUGGCUUGCAUGGCUUGCUGAGUGUCUUGUGAUGAUAGGGCUCUUCUUGGAAGCCUCAGUUGCUUCUCUAAUCUUUUCCAAGUUUAUUUAUAUAGAGUUCUCCACAACAGGCGUUGUCGCAAAGCAGCUUUACAGAAAAAUCCAGGUCCAAGCCCCCAUGAGCGUCGGCAGUUACGACAGUGGCAAGGAAAAACUCCCUAUAAACAACAGGAAGAAGCCUUGAGAGGAACCAAGACUCAAAGGGGGAACCCAUCCUCCUCUGGUCGACACCAGUUAGCAGAUGGUCAGUAGUAGAUGACUGGGUUCUGAAAGGGUUCAUACGAGCAUGUUCUGCCUGUAUGUAUCAGAAUGAUAGCGCGCUAGCUGUGCUAGACAGUGUUAACCUGAGUUAGCCUCCUAGACAGAAAUUCCCAGGUGGUCGACUAUUAUGGCGCUGGGUUCAAGCCCCACCGGAAACAGCAUUCCAGAAACACAGUGUAAAGACGUGGCAGUGCAGUGCACCUCACGUUUUUCCGCCUCCAGGAAAGUACAGUGUGACCCCACCUCACUUUGUCUUAUGUUGUGCUUGAACACAGCACACAAGCCAUAGAUUCUUUUCCCCAUGUUUUGCGCAGAACCUCAUUUUCGCCAGCAGAACCACAAGUAGACUGUUCAACCUCCGUGUGCGCUAGCGGUUUAUAUUUACCCUUAAAUGUGAGUGUUGUGUCCUGUGGAUUUUUAAAAUACUUCAUCUUUAAAGGUGCUUGUUCGUGACUAAACGCGUACAGCCACUCAGACCUUAUCCUCCAGAGGCUGAUUCACAUCGGAGCCUGCUGGGCGAGGUGGGCCUGACUUUGGUGUUUAAUAAUAUUUCAUGCAGUAGGGCUGCACGAAACCAAUCAGGCAUAACAUUCUGACCACCACCUUGUUUCUACGCUUAUUGUCCACUUUA